AUGGCGGAAGAAGCGGCAGCGGGAAGUUUGCCAGCGGACGAUCUUAUGUUUUACUUCAGCGAGACCUGCCCGUUCACUCAGCGGGUUCUGCCCGAAGUCGAAUGCCUCCAGCAGGCCAUGCCGGAGGGCCGUAGCCUGCAGCGACUGGAGAUACGGUCGGACAAGACCAACUACGGGCGGUACCAGGAGGCAGCGCAGGGCAAGUGUAGAGGCGUACCCUUCUUCAUCAACAGCAAGACAGGCAACUUCGUAUGCGGCGCGGCGCCAUGUGCCACCCUCAAGGAGCGAUUGUUGUGA